UUCGUCUUCCAAUAGCCUCUCUGCGUUGUAACUCGACUAUGCGGUACUGCUAGCAAUAAGAUUUACGUUAUUUUUGCUUCCGGGAGCAUCUGGGCGAAAAUAAAUCUAGUCUUUCAUCAUCUUACCUCCCUUCAUUUUCAUCUCCAUAGCUACCUACAGUUCCCAUGUUGCUUCUUAUUUCUUGAUACCCCCGGUUUUAUCUCUUUUCUUCAUUCGGAUUCGUCCGUUGAGUUCCUGUAUUAUGGCACCGUUGCUGAAGAGUCCAGUCGAGUCGAGAUUCGAUCUCAAUCAGCUACCUUCGCCACAAGGAGGUGCUUUGCAACAAAAGAAUAUUCUUUAUAUUGAUGCAUACGACUCUUUCUCCAACAAUGUGGUAGCUAUGCUUGAAGAAACCCUCGACGUGAGGGUUACCGUGAUGACCAUCGACUCGGAAUGGCCGCACGGGAACAUGGAGGAAUUUUUACGACACUACGAAGCGGUCGUUCUAGGACCAGGACCGGGAAAUCCAGAAGUCCCUGCAGAUGUGGGCAUUAUGACAGAUGUCUGGGAUCUCGAUGAAAUAGAUCUUCUUCCUGUUCUAGGUAUCUGUAUGGGAUUUCAGAGCUUGUGUCUGCGUCAUGGCUGUCCUAUCAGACGAUUACCUUAUCCGCUUCACGGACAGGUUCGGCAGAUCUCUACUGUAGGAAGAGAUAUCUUUGACAGUAUGCAGGAGGUCGAGGUUACUUUGUAUAAUUCGCUAUACGCUGAAGUGGGCGGAGAUGACGAGGCUGACUCGGCUGUGCCCAAGUCGAACGAGCUUGAUCUCCUCUCCUGGUUGUUCAUUGACACAGACUCAGCCGGGAGUACACGAAUUCCCAUGGCGGUUCGUCAUAAGCAAAAGCCUUUCUGGGGUGUCCAGUUUCAUCCAGAAUCAUGCAAGUCGGAUGGAGCAGCGUGUAGGAGGAUGCUGAAGAAAUGGUGGGAUAUGGCCCUCGAUUUCAACAAAAGAGUUGGACGCGAGACUAGCAGAGAUAUUCCUCAACGACUCAUCAUACCAUCUGAAGACCCCACUUCUCUCCCGGAUGCUGUGUUCACUAUGCUUAAAUGGAGUGCGUCUGCAUCCGGGACUUCUGCAUUUCGGUCCCUGUCGGCUCCAAACGUGACUUCUGAGAAUAUAUGUGAGUUGCUAAAUGCUCCAGGCUCACCAGCUGUUUUGUUUCAAUCAAACGGAAGGUACAGCAUCGUAUCGGCUCCGGGUCCUGGUUCAUGGAGGCUGGAAUACUUUGCUCAAGCUAGAAGGUUAGUGUUGGAAAACCUGGGAUAUGAUUGCAAGGCGAACAGCCUUGUAGAGAACCGUGACCUAAAGGAAACGGUGAUCGAGGAGUCGCUCUCAGUUCCACAACUCUGGGACUGUCUCAGAUAUGUGAUGGAAAUGAAAAAGGUCACUUCUGGAAACGCACCUGUGCCUUUCUGGGGCGGAUUCCUCGGGUAUUUCUCUUACGAAAUGGGACUUGCAUGUCUUUCUCGGCCAAAGACCGCACCGGAACUCUACAGUGAAAAUGAACGUUUGAAUGGACCUAAUGGUGAUGUCUCGAUCGAAGAUCCCGCAGAUACCAGCCUCCUAUGGACCGAAAGAAAUAUCGUCAUCGACAAUGAGACAGGGCAAGUAACCAUACAGUCAAUGCGGGAGGAGGACGACUUGCCGAAUGGGUGGCUCGACCAGAUAUUGCAAUCGUUGACGAGGCUUUUCUGUGACGCUUCCGAGGAGGAUAAAGGUCUGGAUACGGAAGCCUUGGAUUCAAUUUUAAAAGGAAGCGUGCUCAAGUUUCCGGACGAGAAGUUGUAUAUGGAGCAAGUGGAAGCUUGUAAAGUUGAACUCAAGGCCGGAGAAUCAUACGAGCUGUGCCUUACCUGCGAAACGCCGGUCAUUCUGCAGUCCCCUAAGUCGCAUGAUUCCCAGCUACGCUUUCCCUGGGAUCUGUAUAAAAGACUCAAGAAAUAUAACCCAGCAGCUUUCAGUGCCUAUGCAAGGUUGGGAAGGACUAAGAUCGUAAGCAGCAGCCCUGAAUGCUUCCUCAAUUGGGACCGAGAAUCAACGCUGGAGAUGAAGCCGAUGAAAGGCACUGUGAGGAAGUCAAAGGAGAUGACCUUGAAGAAGGCCAGGGAAAUUUUGAGCUCAUCGAAGGAAAUGGCAGAGAAUCUAAUGAUUGCGGAUCUGAUACGUCACGACCUCUACGGUAUCUGCGGUUCAAGACAGGUCCACGUCGAGAAGCUCCUUGAAGUGGAAGACCAUGGACGUGUUUUUCAAAUGAUCACACAUGUCAAGGGGAAAAUAGACCAUCACAGACUGGGGAUCGCAGUGGAGCAUAUGCCACAGCUACAAACUACAAACAUGUCCGUCCACGGACUUACCGCUUUACAGAGGUGUCUUCCCCCAGGUUCAAUGACAGGCGCUCCAAAGGAACGUUCCUGCAUGCAUCUGAGCUCAAUUGAAGGCCGAAAACGCGGGAUCUAUUCUGGCGUCAUGGGCUAUCUUGAUCUUGGUGGUGGUGGAAGCUUUUCUGUGCUUAUACGCACUGCCUUCAGUUGUUCUGGUGAUGAUGAUGAUGAGCAAGUCUGGCGUAUUGGUGCCGGUGGUGCUGUUACAAGUCUCAGCACAGCUGAAGGAGAAUGGGAUGAAAUGUUGACAAAGUUGCGCACUGUCUGCACGAUCUUUCGUCCCUUGGAUUCGAAGAAUGAAUGAGGGGUAGGAGUUGAGAUCCACGACAGGUCUCUGCUCUUUUUCCUUCUGUCCAGUAUAUGAAUAGUAAUGGUCGGAAAUGUUCAACACUGACAUAUUGUUCAUUGGAGUUUUCGAAAAGUUUAGAGGGAGUAUUGGCGUCCGAUUUGCAUGCAUUUCCAGUUAGGAAAUGAGGUUUAUUUCAACAUAGCGUCGGGGUUGGAGCCUGCGAAUGGAUCAUAAAACAAACAUUGAAAGCCCGUGUAGAAGAGCAAUUUCAUUAUUCAACACUUCAGA